AUGUAUAGAUCGGCGAGCUGGAGCCGCGUCUCCGACGAUCAGUACUUCAUGCAUGGGUCGUCACCCUCGCCUAAUGAGCCGGCGAGCCUGAGACUGACACCUUCCUUUGAAGGCAAUGAGCUGCCUGUGUAUGACCCUAUCGCCGAGUUAGCUAAGAAGGAGAGGGCACGUGUCAAGUUUGCUGAGAAUGCUGUGCAUGUUAUACCAUUUGUCCUCCUCCUCUGCGCCAUUAUUCUUUGGUUAUUUUCUAAUCCAGAGGUAGAUGUGGGAUUUAAGGCUGAUUCGAUGAUGGGAAGAAUCGAGGGAUUGUCACUUGAUGGAGAAUUCGACAAUGAUAGUGAUGGUACUCAAACUGGAGUUUUACCGAUACUGGAUUUGGGGGACAUGGACUCGCCGAAACAAGUCAGAUAUUCAAGCAAAUCGGGCCAAAGAUUCAAACGAAUCGGCCGAUAGAUUCAAAUGACGGCUUUCAUUUUCCUUGAGUAAUUAAUCACACUACUAUGCACCUGCAUCUUGCCCAGAAAAAGU